AGCCGGAGCCGGGAGCCGGAGCCGGGAGUCGGGAGCCGGGAACCCGGGAGCCAGGAGCCGGGCACAGAGCCGCCACUGAGCCCAGCCAGGGAGGGCGCCGGUCGGUCGAGCACCCUGCGCCGCGGCUCGGAGGCAGCUUGGCGGGAGACAAAAGCUGCGGCGGGGACGCGAUGCCCGCGGUGUGACCCGGCGCCAGGGCCGCGCGCAGUGACCGCCGGGGGCGGCGCCCUCCGCAGCCGCAGUGGCCCGCGCCCCCGCCAGGAGCCAUGGGCAACAUCUCCUCCAACAUCUCGGCCUUCCAGUCCCUGCACAUCGUCAUGCUGGGCCUGGACUCGGCCGGCAAGACCACCGUACUCUACCGCCUCAAGUUCAACGAGUUCGUGAACACGGUGCCCACCAUCGGCUUCAACACGGAGAAGAUCAAGCUGAGCAACGGCACGGCCAAGGGCAUCAGCUGCCACUUCUGGGACGUGGGCGGCCAGGAGAAGCUGCGGCCGUUGUGGAAGUCGUACAGCCGCUGCACGGACGGCAUCAUCUACGUGGUGGACUCGGUGGACGUGGACCGGCUGGAGGAAGCCAAGACCGAGCUGCACAAGGUGACCAAGUUCGCCGAGAACCAGGGCACGCCGCUGCUGGUCAUCGCCAACAAGCAGGACCUGCCCAAGUCGCUGCCGGUGGCAGAGAUCGAGAAGCAGCUGGCGCUGCACGAGCUCAUCCCGGCCACCACCUACCACGUCCAGCCGGCCUGCGCCAUCAUCGGCGAGGGCCUCACCGAGGGCAUGGACAAGCUCUAUGAGAUGAUCCUGAAACGCAGGAAGUCCCUCAAGCAGAAGAAGAAGCGGUAAUGCGCCGGGCGGCGUGGGGGAGCAAUCCAGGCAAAAGAGUAUGGGUGGAUGAAUGGAUGGAUGGAUGGACUGAUAGAUGGAUGGACAGAUGGGCGGAUGGGGAGCGACAACCCGCGCCCGCGAACAAAGGCAGCGAACCAAAGCGAUGCUUCGAAUUUGUAAAACGCAGUCUCUACCCAGACGCAGAACUGGUGUGUUUUAACCCUGGCGUGGAGACUCAUCUACCAGCCCUGUUCUCCACCUGCCCCGCCCCCUCCCUGCACCAGCUCAGGGGACCUUUUGUCUGAACGCCCGGAGCUUCGGAUGGGGUGGGGGACCCAAGAGAAGUGGACGUGCAGAUCCUGUUGCGCGCCCUCUGGCCCCAGGUGGAGAGCUCAGAUAACAGAGACAAAAGCGAUUUCUUCCUGCUCCGGCGAGGCCUGAAGUUAAGGCUGCCCCGCCCCCGCGGGGAGAUCACCUGUGAGUUGCCCGAGGCUUGCAGUCCCCAGAACCCUGGGGUCCCCUACGGGGAGCAGGUAGGCGAUGGGGGCGGGGGUGCUGGUGGAGGACUGCUCCUUACAUUCAGAGGCUGUGGAGGCGGAAUACGUUUUAUGUCACGGGGCAGGCCCCUGUUGAAAUUUCAUUUGUUCUGUUCUGGGCCCAAACCAACGGUGGUUUGGGCCAUCGGAGGACCGCUGGGACCAUGCGGCAGGGCAGCCGGGGCCACGGCGCUGUGCUGCGGGCCUCAGUGGGAAUCGCUGCGAGGAGGAUGCGCUUCGCCUGGGGCUUUGUGGUGGCUGCAGAAGACCUGUGCUGAGAACUGCUUUGCUGCUGGAAAGAGGCCUCUUCCAGAUGGCCUGGAGCCUGUCCAUGUGUAGGUCAUUAUCACACAAAAGACCAAUAAAAAUUAAGAGCAAAAAAUUGUUGGAGGUGGUGGCAGAUGAUACAUUUACUGUCUGCAGAAUAGUCAGAGGUGCUUAAAGGGCAAGACUCAGCAUAAAUGCUGGAUGGGGCGUGUACAUGGUUAUAGAGGCCUCUAUACUGUAUAAUCAGCCGGCAUAAAUACCUAGACCCAUAUGUGGAAUUUUCAAAUCUCUUAGCCUACUCCUUGGUUUGGGUUUGGGAGAGCACACUAGCCACAGAUGUGUGCUAAAUUGCAAGAUUGUUUGGGAUUUUUGGGGUGGUUUUUUUUUUUUUUUUGAGUAAGGGAUGUCUCUUGUAAUGCUAACCGCUUGGUGAUGGGUUUUCAAACAUAUCCUUAAAGCGACUUUACAAAUGACUCCUCAGCUUAAAGGUAGUCACUUCAAGAAAACACAUUUCUUGGCCCUACCCUUUUCUGUUUCUUGAUGCCGCUAGUGGCAACAUGUUCAGAUUUCUAAUGUAGCUCACCAUGUGGCCUAUCUGGUUUGAGUAUUUCAUUCAAAAUGUCUCUUAAGAGUAUUUGAUGUCAUGCGCCAAAAAAAUAAAACCCCACCUUGUAGCAAAAGCCGACCUCACUACAUGGAUUUAGAAGCAAAGGGAAAGCUUAAGAAUGAAGUCCUGGAUUCAUUCUCGUGGGAACUGGCCCCGCAGCCAGCCAGCACUUUGGGCAAAUGAGAACAGGGGGUGCUCGAGAGAGAGAGAGAGAGAGAGGGGCAGGCAUGUGACGUCAUGCUCGCUGGGCCUCAGGCACUUCACAGUUUACUUGAAAAAGGCUUUGGAAAAUAGAUAAAAUGAGAGAAGAAUAAAGACCUAUUUUUAAUAAUGUAAUUUUAAAAAAUCCUUUAUAAUCAGGACUGAGUCUUGGUUUUGUGGAAUCUGUCAUUUACCCUGAAACAUAGUAUCAAAAGGUAAACUUGCAACUGGCUUUGAUGGUUUUUUUUUAAUUUCCUCCCUCAAUUCAUGUCUCCAGGUAGAAUUCUGACCCCUCCCACCAGCACACACACACACACACACAGUUACACAUUUAUUUGCAAAGGAGGCCUAGAGGAAGCGGACGUGGUUACACUUGAGCAAGAGAGAGGGCCAAAGCCCAAGCCCGUGCGCAUCGUCCAUUACGCUGACAAUUCAAAACCCAGAAGCAGAAAUUCUGGCUUCCUGCCUGCAACUCAAAUCUUUUAGGAGAUUUUUAAAAAGAAAUCUAGCAGCCCAUCUUCCUUUCCUCUUUUGUCAGCGUAUUUGGUACCCCUCCAGUGCUGGUCUUUUUGUAGAAACUCAGUAGAGAAAAUAGCUCAACAGUGAAAAAAGCCUGUAGGAUUUCAGUUUACACAUCGACAGCAACUCACUGACUUCUACAUGGGCUGGUCCCAUCUCUGAAGAUUCUGUAUAGAGUUAUUAAAAAUAUCCAUCUCCCUUUAUUUUCUUCACAUGUAACAUUUUCUUAAGCACUUUGACAUUUUGGUAGCUCCACGCUAUUGAGAGAAUAAUAUAUUUAUUUUGUGACAUUGCAGAUGCCAAAUACUGUAACCUUCUUGUGCAGACAAUGCCUGGGCUCCAGGUAGUGGUUCAGAUCUUGUCGUGCUUCAACGCUGAUGCAGGACGGUUUAUUUUCAUUUGUUCACAUUAUCACUUUCUAAGGGUGCAGUCAACUGUUAGUAGCUGUGCAGUGAGUCAAGAGCCCUGUGGUGUAGCAACUAAUGGUUAAAGAGUCUAGGUUGAGUUCUGUAAUGUUUGACCUACCAGUAGCCCAUUUCAUCUCUGACCCAACAGGAAGCUCAGAGAAAGUCACCCUGGGAGUCCCCUCUUGUCAGCCAGUGAUUGGCUGUGCCUUCUGCCCUUUGGUGAUGGGAUGGGUUUCACACCGGAAGCUGGCCUCCCUAAGUGAGCUGUAGAAAUGUUUUCUGAUAGACACAGGGAGGCCACCUUUGUCUCAGAACAAUUCCCUUCACAGUUUCCCUGUUGUGGUGUCAGAACUGUCCCCUGGUCCCAGUUUUCUGUUUUACUGCUGUAAUUCUCUGUGUCGGUCUUUCUUUUGUUUCCAUCCCCUUUUAUAAUGCAUAUAUGAUGCUGUGAACAGAAAUAAAUUAUUUAUAC